UCUACCGAGUGGUCUGCGAGUCAUUCAGACAACCUGCCAGAGGACAACAGCUUCAACCAACUUUUAAACCUGAACAGACAUCAUGAAUAUGAUUGUCUUCUUUCUUCUGGCCGUGCAAAUGCACAGUGUGCUGUCAGAGAAUUACACUCUGUGGCAUACGCGAGUGGCGGACUAUCGAGAUUCAAAGCUGCACCUGUAUUAUGAGGACGGUGGUAUGGCUGACGAAUACAUUUACUCCUAUAACAGCAACAAGAGCAGAAAAGUAGAACCGGUACAGGACUGGAUGAGAAAGAUCACAGCAGAAGAUCCUCAGUACUGGCAGAGAGCGGCCGAGAAGUCUGUUGCUCGUGAGCAGUUCAACACAAACAGAUUAAAAACUCAUUUGAAGGAUUUGAAUCGAACUGAAGGUGUUCACAUUGCUGUGUGGAUUUCUGGAUGUAAAUGGAAUGAUGAGACUGAUGAGGUCACAGGUUGGUAUGGGGAAGACUUAGGACUUUUCCAAGACAACAUGGUGAUUAGGAAAUGGACCGCAGCAAAAGAUCAAGGGGAUCACAUCAAACUGAUCUGGGACAAUAACAAACCUCCCCCAGACACCUUGAAGUUCUACACUGAGGAGUGUCCUUCUGACUUGAAGAUGUUUGUCAGCAUCUUAACGAGAACAGAGCUUCCAAAGGUGUCCCUACUCCAGGAGACACCAUCUUCUCUGGUCAGCUGCAACGCAACAGGUUUCUACCCCGACAAAGCCGUCAUGUUUUGGAGGAAAGACGGCGAGAAGCUGCACAAGGGCGUGGAGCACGGAGAAAUGCUCCAAGACGGAACCUUCCAGAUGUCUGUGGACCUGAACGUGACAGCCGACAUGGAGGGCAAGUACGAAUGUGUGUUUCAGCUGACUGGCGUCAAGGAGGACAUCGUCACCAAGCUGGAGAGCAGAAGCAUCCUGAGCAACGCGAGCGGUGAAGACCUCAAUACAACCAUCUCUGGUAAUAACAGCCAAGCGACCUCACGGCCUACCACCAUCACUAUCAGACCAACAACCAGCGAAACCACCCGACCCAGUCUCAACAACUUGGACCCCACCCCGCCAACUCCUGGUCACAUCAAGUCCACAGAUCAUCUGGAAGACCUCAAUACAACCAUCUCUGGUAAUAACAGCCAAGCGACCUCACGGCCUACCACCAUCACUAUCAGACCAACAACCAGCGAAACCACCCGACCCAGUCUCAACAACUUGGACCCCACCCCGCCAACUCCUGGUCACAUCAAGUCCACAGAUCAUCUGGAAGACCUCAAUACAACCAUCUCUGGUAAUAACAGCCAAGCGACCUCACGGCCUACCACCAUCACUAUCAGACCAACAACCAGCGCAACCACCCGACCCAGUCUCAACAACUCGGAACCCACCCCGCCAACUCCUGGUAACAUCAAGUCCACAGAUCAUCUGGAAGAAAACUUGAGCAUCAAGGUCUUUGUUGUCACGGUGGGGGUCGUUGCUGGGGCGGUCCUCCUGUCGGCCAUCAUCUUUGGGAUUGUCAAGCGUUACAGACACACUCACGGUAUCUACUGGGUCAACAGGCCGACUGAAACCUGGGUCACAGUGGCCAUGCGGCAUCUGAGGCUUACUGAGUCUGAGUCUGAGUCUGAAUCUGAAUCUGAGUCUGAGUCUGAGUGAGACACAGCAGCUGGCACACAGAACACAAAGAUGUCUCCAUCGCUGAGGGACAUCAUCUCACAUGGAGAUGAGAUGGAGAUGUUCUUUGUUCUUCAUGAUACAUAUACCUUAUACUCAUAUUUUACUGUUACAUCAUGCAAUGUCUUUUCUGGGUACUUAAAAAAUGGAGAUGAGAUGAGAUGGAGAUGAGAUGGAGAUGUUCUUUGUUCUUCAUGAUACAUAUACCUUAUACUCAUAUUUUACUGUUACAUCAUGCAAUGUUUUUUCUGGGUACUUAAAAAAAUGGAGAUGAGAUGAGAUGGAGAUGAGAUGGAGAUGUGAUGGCGAUGAGAUGGAGAUGAGAUGGAGAUGUUCUUUGUUCCUUAUGAUACAUAUGCCUUGUACUCAUAUUUUACUGUUACAUCAUGCAAUGUCUUUUCUGGGUACUUAAAAAAUGGAGAUGAGAUGAGAUGGAGAUGAGAUGGAGAUGAGAUGGAGAUGUGAUGGAGAUGAGAUGGAGAUGAGAUGGAGAUGAGAUGGAGAUGAGAUGGAGAUGAGAUGGAGAUGUUCUUUGUUCCUUAUGAUACAUAUACCUUAUACUCAUAUUUUACUGUUACAUCAUGCAAUGUCUUUUCUGGGUACUUAAAAAAUGGAGAUGAGAUGAGAUGGAGAUGAGAUGGAGAUGAGAUGGAGAUGUGAUGGAGAUGAGAUGGAGAUGUGAUGGAGAUGAGAUGGAGAUGUGAUGGAAAUGAGAUGGAGAUGAGAUGGAGAUGUUCUUUGUUCUUCAUGAUACAUAUACCUUAUACUCAUAUUUUACUGUUACAUCAUGCAAUGUCUUUUCUGGGUACUUAAAAAAUGGAGAUGAGAUGAGAUGGGAU